AUGGGUACAUAUUGUCAUUACAAGCGGUCUAUUCCAUUUUCUUGCUUUACUCUGCUGUUGCUGCUUCUCUCUCUCUUUGUGUGGAGUAUUAGCGCUGUACUGGUGAUUUUGUUUUUUCUCUUCCUUCUUCUUUUCCCUCUUUUCCACACUGCAUCCAUUAGACCUGUGACCUCAAGUGACGAGAAUAACAAGAAGAGUGACACUACUAAUAACGAUAAUGACAGACCCAUGUUAACUAAUCCCACUGCUGCUGCUAUUGUUGGUUGUCUGUGUCUGAAGUUGUUGCAAGAUAUGCAAUUGUGCCCUAUCCUGUUCUUAUUCUUCUUCUUCUAUUCCAAUGUCUACUGUUGUGGAGCCACAUAA